ACAUUUUUCUUGUUUUUAUUUUACUGCGCGUACAGAGAAAUGUGAAAUAUUCGUAAAUAAAUAGAUGCUAAAAACUGGGAAUCAUGGAAGCAUGUCGAGCGUGUCUAGUUACUGAAGAAGAGAUGAUCCCUUUAGAUGAGACGUUCGUUAAUGCCUACAAUAUACUUACCAGUCUAAAUAUUGCAAUUUUGGACGCGAUGCCUCAAUACGUGUGCCUUACCUGUGUAAAGGCUAUGAGGUUUUGUAUGGAGUUCAGAGAUAAGUGCAUUACAACGGAAACAUCAUUACAAGAGAUUCUACUUGAGACGUUAAAAUCCCAAGAUAGCCAUUCCAAUGUACUAGAAAAUAAAAAUGAUAUGAUUGAUGCACAGUUAAAUAUAAAGCAUGAGGUCAAACAGGAGGGGAAUGAUGACCCAGUGUUUGAUGACUGUUUGGAUAAUUACUGUCACUUUAAUGAAGAUUUGAGUUAUUAUGUUAAACUUGAAGAGACUGAAGAUGUAAAACCAAAGAAAAGAAAGUACAGGAAGAAAAAAUGUACUGCAUCAAGAAAAUCCACUACACCUAGAAAAGAACAAAAAAUCAAAAUUAAAAUUGGAGCUUCAGGAACUGAAUUAGCAUGUGGUUUAUGCAAGAAGACUUUUUUAAUGUCAGAAGACCUAAGAACUCAUGUGGAAAGCCAUAAAGGUGAUCGGACAUGUACACAAUGUACAGAGAUACACGACAAUUGGCCGAGUCUGUUAGGGCAUCGCUUUAAACAUAUACCGAGGAAGGACCAGCGAUGUCAUAUGUGCUGGAAAAGUUGCCUGACUUGUGUACAUAUGGAAUAUCACUAUAUGAAGGAACACUGUGAUGGAGAGAAAUCCAAACUGUCCUGCAAGCAAUGUUGCCGUUCUUACGACACUCCAAGGCAGCUCAGCAAACACGUCAACCACUCACACUCCGAUAAAUGCUUCAUUUGUGAUUACUGUUCUAAAACUUUCAACAACAAACAACGUUUAAUUACUCACUUACGGAGCCACAGCAGCAAUAAGACGUUCGUUUGUGAUCUUUGUGGAUUUUCCUGUAAACAUAAGAGUGGGCUGAAGGAUCAUACAAUAAGGAAGCAUGCACCCGGGAAGGUGACUUGCAAGAAGUGUUUACGCGUGUUCGCCACGGCGGAAGACAGGGACAAACAUACGUGCAAUACUGUCACCAAGAUCUGUCCCAUUUGCGGCAUACAGGUGUCUAAGCGGUUCGGGCGGCACCUACAAGCGCACUCGACAGUGGGUCGGUACAGCUGCCCGCGGUGCCCCGCCGUCUACAAGACUCGCCAAGCAUGGCAGGCACACAUGAACAGACACGACGGCGUCCGACCGAAGCAGUGCGAAUACUGCCCGCUCAAGUUUUAUACUAGCUCUGUACUUAUCAAGCAUCGGAGAAUACAUACAGGCGAGAAACCCUACGUAUGCAAAGUGUGUCACAAAGGCUUCACCGGCAACCACAACCUCAAAGUGCACAUGAAGGUUCACGGUGAAGAUCUGGUGGUGAAGAGGUCCGCUGACCGGCCCGUCUACUUACCGCCUGAAAUACAAUCUGGUGUAUUUCCUCCUCGCCUUCAGGAUCACCCAUUACUAGGCGUCCUUAGAGUUGAACAGGAAUGAAAUGAUAUUUCAUAUAGGCAUCUUUUAAAUCUUCGUAUCGGUGGCAUGCGAUGGGAGUCACUAAUCAGCUAAAGAUGUUGUGGCCAAUUGUCCAAGGUGCAUCGUACGUACCAGGUGCACUUCUAUAUUAUUUAAAUUUUAAUGUAUUUAUGGAUUCUAAAGGUGUGUUUAUAUUAAAGCAGAGCGGGGCGGAAACCUGAUGGAAUGAUACGAUCACAGCGAACGAAAGAGCAACAGAAAGUCUUCUCUCUCGCGCGUUGUGAUUGGUCAAUGUCUUAUCGAUAAACAUCGUGACAAAAUAUUUAAUGUAUUCCGCUCAUAUUUUAUUUAUAGUAGUCCGUUGGUUUAGCCUCGGCUCUAAGUGAAUUUGUUCGUGCGAUUCUCUACUGAGACGUUCUAGAAAAACGAUACAGCAAUUAUUUUAAAAAUAGACAUUUACUGUCAUUUGUUUUCAAAUUCAAUAUAAUUAUUCUGUGUUACUUCUUUAUUCAAAUAUAUGGAAACUAGAUUUUACUCGUCUAUAAGGGUUGUUUAUGUUAUGCCACUGUGGGCGAUAUUAUUUGUUAUACAACAUACUGUUUAAUUUUACCAUUGUAGUCUAUAAAAGUUUCUAUAAAUAAAACAAAUUGUUUUAUAAA